AAAUCUUCCCAAAGUUUGGAAUCUCUACGUAAUCUAGGGGAUUUUAAUGUGGUCAAAUUGGGUCAUACUUUUUAACUUUAUCUUUUUUUUUUUUUCGCUGGCCCGAACAAAUUUUCAGUGGUUUCCCAUUUUGAAAAAUGCAUGAGAAACCCAUGACCACUUUCCCACUCACCUCACCAGCAUCUUCUUCUUCUUGCUUAAUCGCUUAAAUGGCUUCUCGCGUUUUCUGGGGAUUCAGUUCUAUUGUUGAGAGGCAUUAAGGCCUCUCAUGCCAUAUAUACACACACACACACAUACAUAUAGAUCAUUUCAAUUUGUUCAUUCUUCAAUCCUUUUCCUGACAAUUUUUGCUUCAUUCUUUUUCCCUCUCUGCAUUAAUUUGGGAAGUGGAAACAAGACCAAGAAAUCAGAAGUAACGAACGCCAUGAGUUUUUUAACAGGCUCUCCCAAAAGUUCUUGGCAACCAAUUAUGACUGCGGAUACAACGACGCGAAGUUACUGGGUAAACUGGAAGGUUCUGGUUUGUGCCAUAUGGGUUUUAAUCACAGCCAUGUGUUCAAUAUUUCUUACAUGGAAAUAUGAAACCUUACGAAACUCAAGAAGAGGUAACAGAGAAGACCAGCAAGAAGAAACAUCAAGAGUUUUGUACGAGGAUGAAACGUGGAGGCCAUGUCUGAAGGGAGUUCACCCUGUCUGGUUGUUGGUCUUUAGAGUUUUCGCGUUUAUUGUGCUUUUGGUUCUGCUCAUAAUCACUGCUGUUACAGACGGAGGAAGCAUUUUCUAUUUUUACACCCAGUGGACUUUCACUUCAAUCACCAUUUAUUUUGGGCUGGGGUCUUUGCUGUCCAUGUGUGGAUGUUACAGACAUCACAAGAAAACGAGUGGUGACAAAGUUGAUAAUGUUGAUGGGGAUGCAGAACAGGGCAUUUAUGAUGUUCCUGGACUUUCACAAACUUCCAAGGGGUCUAGCAACGAGAAAACGUUAACCACUUCAGUUGAACAUCUUGCCCGCCAACCAGCUGGCACUUGGGGUUAUAUCUUUCAAAUAAUUUUCCAGAUGAAUGCCGGUGCUGUAAUGCUUACAGAUUGUGUAUUUUGGUUCAUAAUUGUUCCGUUUCUAACCAUUAAAGAUUACAACUUGAAUUUUCUGAUCAUCAAUAUGCACAGUAUCAAUGCUGUUUUCCUGCUAGGUGACACAGCUUUAAAUUGCCUGCGAUUCCCUUGGUUUCGAGUUGGAUACUUUUGCAUGUGGACAGUCACUUAUGUGAUUUUCCAGUGGAUUCUUCAUGCUUGCGUUAAACUCUGGUGGCCAUAUCCAUUUCUUGAUUUGUCAUCUUCCUAUGCUCCGCUUUGGUACUGCUCGGUGGCAUUACUCCAUAUUCCCUGCUACGGAAUCUUCGCUUUGAUAAUAAAGCUGAAACACUAUGUGUUGUCAACACGGUUCGCUGACUCGUAUCAAUGUAGGAGAUGAACUGAGUUCAGAAAUAGAAUAGUUUUGAUUUCCUGAACAAUAUCAAUACGGUAGAUAAAGUAAGGGAUAGGUCAUAGUGUUCAGCAUUGUUGGUUUCAUGCAUUGAGCGAAUAUAAGGCAAAUAUAUAUAGUGCUUUUCUUUUUUUCGUUUUUGAAAGAUUAGCCGCGCUGAUCUAGCGAGCUGGCAUUACAGAGUCACUUCUCUGCUAGGGGUAAGUUGUAAUUAAUCAGGCAUUCACAGAAAUCUGAGCGAUUUCUGAUUCUGAUUCCCUCAAUGGCCCAAUUUGGCUUCAA